AUGGCGAAUACGGCACCUGUCGACGCGCGCUCGCACGCGCUCGACGACUCGGUAGGGUCCGGCCCAGCCGUCAGUGCCGUAAACGUGGACGAGGACAAGUGGGGAGACCCGUUGGAAGCGCUGCUCGCCCGGCUGGGUCCUUUCGGAUUUUACCAACGCUACGUUCUGUUCCUGCUGAUGAUUCCCAACCUCUUGGCGCCGAUGUAUUCUCUCAAUUAUAUCUUCAUCGCCGACCGGGUCCCUUUCAGGUGCGUCGUCCCCGAAUGCGAAUAUGACGGACGGCCUCAAGUCCACAACGCGUCGGUCGCGCAACUGUUGUCGCAGGACGAGUGCCGGCGACGGAAGCCACUGCAGCUGGACCGGCCGACCUGUGAACCUUUUCACUAUCAUCCCGAGGACACGCUUCCUUGUAGACAAUUUGUCUACGAGACCCAAGACACCAUAUUCGCAGAGUUCGGACUGGCGUGUGAGGAGUGGCGGCGCACCCUGGUAGGAACCGUGAGGAAUGCGGCACUACCCAUCGCGCUGCUGCUCACCGGAUACAUUUCUGACGGCUGGGGACGGCGCACCGCGUUCUGCGUGUUCUCCGCGUUUGCAGGCGCGCUGGGGCUCGUCAAGUCAUACGCUUCGAACUACGGCGUCUACCUCGCUCUCGAGUUCUUCGAGGCGGCUCUCGGUUACGGCUUCAAUAGUGCUGCGUAUGUUAUGAUGGUGGAACUGGCGCGACCAUCGCUGCGGGCGACAUUCGCGUGCGCGAGUGGCGUGGCUUACGCCUUGGGUGGAGUACUUUUGGCAGAGACUGCUCGUCGCGUGUCCUAUUGGCGUCACUUGUUGCGCGUGCUACAUACGCCCGCACUCGCUCUUCCCUUCUACUGGCUGGUGCUCGAUGAGACGGUGCGCUGGCUACACGCCGCCGACAGGAUCGACGCGGCCGUCGCAGUCGUCAAGAAAGCGGCUAGGUGGAACAAGGUCGUUUUAGAGGAAGACUUUAUCAGGGAUUCGAUGGAGUUUAAGGAAGACACGAACAAAAAGAAAGCGGAAGGUAACGCGUGUUUUAACCUGACGCGUUCUCGAGUUCUUGUUUUGCGGUUCGCCGCGUGCUCCUUCUGCUGGGUGGCGGCGGCCUUCGUGUACUACGGACUCACCGUUAACUCGACGGCUUUGUCCGGGGACAAGUACACAAACUUCGCGCUGAAUAUGGCGAUGGAGAUCGUCGCCUCGCUUCUUAUCAUGAUGGCUUUGGAGCGCAUCGGCCGAAAGAUUAGUAUUGCCGUCGCUUUUCUGCUUUGCGCGGCGGUGUCGGGCCUGCCUCUCUUCAUAGGGAGCGAAAUGAAGAGGACGCAUCGCUGGUCGCAGUUCGCGGGCAAGCUUUUCAUAACGUUCGCUUUCAAUUCGCUGUACGUGUUCACCGCGGAGAUGUUCCCGACGAGCGCGCGGUCCUCCGCGUUGGCCGCGGUCUCGCUCGUCGGCCGCAUUGGCUCCAUACUCGCACCGCAGACGCCGUUGCUCAGCGAGACGUUCCGAGCGUUGUUGUACUGCGGGGUGUCACUUUGCGCGACGGCGGCGGUGGUUUUAGUGCCAGAGACCCGACGCGCGGCGCUACCGCAGCUGGCUCACCAUGCGGAGCGUCUCCGGUGCGCGUCUAUUAGACGUCAAAAGCGCCAAAGAUCCUAA